GACAGUAACAGCUUUAUCAAAAAAAGAGGUGGUUUUCCUUGCUCCUUCUAGGGACUAGGGUUUUAGUCUCGUCCACCCUUCAGGCCUGAGGAUUUCUGAUUGUCUAUCAAAGGGUCAAACAAAAAGCUCUCUAAGCUUCUACCCAAGCUUUAAAGUCGAAGGGCUGAUCGCGGGCUUUUUCCUUGGGACGUGGCAGGGGCCUUAGAGGGAAAGAAACAAACGACUCCGGCUUCUCACUCGGCUCCUUACACAAAAGGCAUUUUUUAAACUAUCUCUACUUAAAACAAAGUGUUUUUGAGUCAGCAGUCCUUGGAGUGGGUCUAGUCCUCCUGGGCGCCCGACACCCACCCCAUGGCUGGAGCCCCGGGUGGCCCCGGAGGCCACCGGGAAGCGAGAACUACAUCUCCCGGGGUUCCCCGGGGCGGAGGACGCCCACCCGGAUUGGCCAGGGGUCGGUGACGCUCAGUGUUUUGGCCCGGAGGGUCACAUGUUUCCUUUGUUGUGAGCUGCGGCAGAGACUGGUGGCUGGAGAAGACGCCGGCGGCUGAGGAACCGCGGGGUUCGCCGCUGCUGGCUGCUUCCAGCCUUCGCCGAGAGGAAGCGCGGGGGAGUGGGACCGCCUCAAAUCCAGCCUUCCCGUUUGGUGGGACGACCGUCGGUUCUGUCCGGGAGGAAUGACGGGGUCAAGCCACAUAAAGAAGAUCCCUAACAGUCAUUUCUCAACAAUUAUAUAGUCAACUGAUGUAACAAUGGUACUAAUAUUGGGACGCAGACUAAACAGAGAGGAUCUUGGGGUGCGUGAUUCCCCAGCAACUAAGCGUAAAGUUUUUGAAAUGGACCCCAAAUCUCUGACAGGUCAUGAGUUUUUUGACUUCUCUUCAGGAUCAUCCCAUGCUGAAAACAUACUCCAGAUAUUUAAUGAAUUUCGAGAUAGCCGCUUAUUCACAGAUGUUAUCAUUUGUGUGGAAGGAAAAGAAUUUCCUUGCCAUAGAGCUGUGCUCUCAGCCUGUAGCAGCUACUUCAGAGCUAUGUUUUGUAAUGACCACAGGGAAAGCCGAGAAAUGUUGGUUGAGAUCAAUGGUAUUUUAGCUGAAGCUAUGGAAUGUUUUUUGCAGUAUGUUUAUACUGGAAAGGUGAAGAUCACUACAGAGAAUGUACAAUAUCUCUUUGAGACAUCAAGCCUCUUUCAGAUUAGUGUUCUCCGUGAUGCAUGUGCCAAGUUCUUGGAGGAGCAACUUGAUCCUUGUAAUUGCUUAGGAAUCCAGCGCUUUGCUGAUACCCAUUCACUCAAAACACUCUUCACAAAGUGCAAAAAUUUUGCAUUACAGACUUUUGAGGAUGUAUCCCAGCAUGAAGAAUUUCUUGAGCUUGACAAAGAUGAACUUAUUGAUUAUAUUUGUAGCGAUGAACUUGUUAUUGGUAAAGAGGAGAUGGUUUUUGAAGCCGUCAUGCGUUGGGUCUAUCGUGCCGUUGAUCUGAGAAGACCACUGUUACAUGAGCUCCUGACACAUGUGAGACUCCCUCUAUUGCAUCCCAACUACUUUGUUCAAACAGUUGAAGUGGACCAAUUGAUCCAGAAUUCUCCUGAGUGUUAUCAGUUGUUGCAUGAAGCACGGCGGUACCACAUACUUGGGAAUGAAAUGAUGUCCCCAAGGACUAGGCCACGCAGGUCCACUGGCUAUUCUGAGGUGAUAGUUGUCGUUGGAGGAUGUGAGCGAGUUGGAGGAUUUAAUCUUCCAUACACUGAGUGCUAUGAUCCUGUAACAGGAGAAUGGAAGUCUUUGGCUAAGCUUCCAGAAUUUACCAAAUCAGAGUAUGCAGUCUGUGCUCUAAGGAAUGACAUUCUUGUUUCAGGUGGAAGAAUCAACAGCCGUGAUGUCUGGAUUUAUAACUCACAGUUAAAUAUUUGGAUCAGAGUUGCCUCUCUCAAUAAAGGCAGAUGGCGUCACAAAAUGGCUGUCCUCCUUGGUAAAGUAUAUGUUGUUGGAGGCUAUGAUGGGCAAAACAGACUUAGCAGCGUAGAAUGUUAUGAUUCCUUUUCAAAUCGAUGGACUGAAGUUGCUCCCCUUAAGGAAGCAGUGAGCUCUCCUGCAGUGACUAGCUGUGUAGGCAAACUGUUUGUGAUUGGUGGAGGACCUGAUGAUAAUACUUGUUCUGAUAAGGUUCAAUCUUAUGAUCCAGAAACCAAUUCUUGGCUACUUCGUGCAGCUAUCCCAAUUGCCAAGAGGUGUAUAACAGCUGUAUCCCUAAACAACCUGAUCUAUGUUGCCGGUGGACUGACCAAGGCAAUAUACUGUUAUGAUCCAGUUGAAGAUUACUGGAUGCACGUACAGAAUACAUUCAGCCGUCAGGAAAACUGUGGUAUGUCUGUGUGUAAUGGUAAAAUAUAUAUCCUGGGUGGAAGACGGGAAAAUGGAGAAGCCACAGACACUAUUCUCUGUUAUGAUCCUGCAACAAGUAUCAUCACAGGGGUAGCUGCAAUGCCCAGGCCAGUGUCCUAUCAUGGCUGUGUGACUAUUCAUAGAUACAAUGAGAAAUGUUUUAAACUCUGAAGCCAGGAUACCUCACCAAUGAAGCCACACCAAUCCAAGAUGGGAGGUUUUAAAAACUCUAGAGUGGGAACUUCACAUAUCUCCUUUGUGCCAUAUGCAAAAAGUAGUAAAAAUAAUAAUUUGGUGCCUUUCUCCUCAAAAUAUCAAUCUUUCAAACUAUAAUAAAGCCUUUCCUAUAACUGAAAAAAACUUUUUUGUUAAAGGUAAUGGUGGUUGUUACUUGGCCUUUGAAGAGUGUAACUUUGUAAGUAUUUGUAAGAAGCCCAUGUGAAUUAGGAAAUGUCUGUCUGCAGACCUUUUAGGAACGUGUGAAUGGUGUCUUCACUUAUUAUGUAUGUUUAUCUGUAUGUAUAUUCCUUAUUUUGUCAUAUAUGUAGAGAAAAUUGCAUGACUUGAGGCAUCAUUUAGGUUGAAGAAGUUAAUGCUUAGAAUGCAUUCUAGGAGAAAAAAUCAGUUUUAAAAACCUUUGUUGUUAACAAAGUAUAUCCAGAUUGAUUAAUUUUAUUGAAGAGUUUUUUUCUGUAAUUGAUAAAAAUGUAAUGACAAUUCAGGUAUCAUAAAAUACUGAACUAUUGUGACUAUUCUUAGAAUUGCUGUCUUACAUUAAACAUGUUUUUAGGGGGAAAUUAGGUAGGAGAUAGAAAAAUAAGUGCCCCUACAGAGGGGAUUAAAAUUACAAGUUAAUUCCUAAGAGAAAAAUGGAAUGGCCAUUGAAGGAAAAAUGACCCACUGUGGCUCUCAAAGUUUUUAUGCAUCAUCUCUUCAAUCUUCUAAGAAAGCUUCUUUUCUUAACUUGAUAAAGCAGUUGAAACCCAUUUUGCAAUAUUAUCUUGUGAAAACCAAGGACAGACAGCCAGGCACAGUGACUCACACCUGUACUCCCAGCUACUCAGGAGGCUGGGGCAGGAGGAUUGCUUGAGCCCAGGAGUUUGAGGCUGCAGUGAGCUAUGAACGCACACCGCACUCUAGCCUGGGCAACGGGGUGAGACUCUGUCUCAAGAGAAAAGAAAAAGAAAAAUAGGGAUAGGUUUUCUUCCCUAGCCCAUUAGGGUUUGACCUCAUUAGUAUGGUGCUUUGGGUGAGGACCUCUUCCUUGAUUAUCCUAACUUCUAGUGAACAGCUAAAAUUCCUGAGAGGCUCUACUGUUACGGUACCUUUAAUAGGAUAAAGCAGGGACCACCUAUCUCAGUGGGUCCAUUUUUCUUUUAAAAUUAGUUAUCUGAAAAAACUUAGCAGUAGUUCCCAUCUUUAAGAUAAGUCUUUCAUUUGGCCCCCAUUGUGUAAAAUACUAAUCAGCAUUUUCAAGCUUCUGUACAACAGACUGCUUUUGUCUAGAUUUUUCAACUCCACUUUAUAAAGCUCAUCAGUUUUCAGAGCGGAAUGUGAAUUUUUUUUCUAAUGCAAAUAGAUGGAUAUGGCAGGAACUACAGCAUAAGUGAUUAUUGUGAUUCUGGGUGGAUGGAUAUAAUUUACAACAUUUAGGGAUGUUCUAGGUAGCCUGCUGUAGGUUGACUUCCAGUCUCUGUUGUCUUUCACAUUAUAAUUUGUAUAUUUCUUGUGACAGAAGGGAUGAUGCAAAUAUGUAAUUAGAGUGUCACCAGAUUUCUGUUAAAACCAAGGUUGAAAUAAAAAGCCUGACAUUGGUAAGCUA